GUGGGCGUUGGACUCUUUGCAAGGACCCCGGCGGCGGGCCCCGGGGAGGCGGCCGAGGCGGCGGCGGCCGGGGGCGACAUGGCGGAGGAGCAGGACCUAUCCGAGGUGGAGCUGAGCCCCGUGGGCUCCGAGGAGCCCCGCUGCCUGUCUCCAGGGAGCGCGACCUCGCUGGGGCCCGACGGCGGUGGCGGCGGCGGCGGCGGAUCGGGCCUGCGAGCCAGCCCGGGGCCCGGCGAGCUGGGCAAGGUCAAGAAGGAGCAGCAGGACGGCGAGGCGGACGAUGACAAGUUCCCCGUGUGCAUCCGCGAGGCGGUCAGCCAGGUGCUGAGCGGCUACGACUGGACGCUGGUGCCCAUGCCCGUGCGCGUCAACGGCGCCAGCAAGAGCAAACCGCACGUCAAGCGGCCCAUGAACGCCUUCAUGGUGUGGGCGCAGGCGGCGCGCAGGAAGCUGGCCGACCAGUACCCGCACCUGCACAACGCCGAGCUCAGCAAGACGCUAGGCAAGCUCUGGAGGCUGCUGAACGAGAGUGACAAGCGCCCCUUCAUUGAGGAGGCUGAGCGGCUCCGGAUGCAGCACAAGAAGGACCACCCAGACUACAAGUACCAGCCCCGGCGGCGGAAGAAUGGGAAGGCGGCCCAGGGGGAGUCAGAGUGUCCUGGCGGGGAGGCGGAGCAGGGCGGGGCUGCCGCCAUCCAAGCCCACUACAAGAGCGCCCAGCUGGACCACCGGCACCCGGGAGAGGGCUCCCCCAUGUCAGACGGGAACCCCGAGCACCCCUCAGGCCAGAGCCAUGGCCCACCUACCCCUCCGACCACCCCAAAGACAGAGCUGCAGUCGGGCAAGGCAGACCCCAAGCGGGAUGGGCGCUCCAUGGGGGAGGGCGGGAAGCCUCACAUCGACUUCGGCAACGUGGACAUCGGUGAGAUCAGCCACGAGGUAAUGUCCAACAUGGAGACCUUUGAUGUGGCUGAGUUGGACCAGUACCUGCCACCCAACGGGCACCCAGGCCACGUGGGCAGCUACUCGGCAGCCAGCUACGGGCUGGGCAGCGCCCUGGCUGUGGCCAGUGGACACUCCGCCUGGAUCUCCAAGCCACCAGGCGUGGCUCUGCCCACGGUCUCGCCACCCGGUGUGGAUGCCAAAGCCCAGGUGAAGACGGAGACCGCGGGGCCCCAGGGACCCCCACACUACACCGACCAGCCAUCCACCUCACAGAUCGCCUACACCUCCCUCAGCCUGCCCCACUACGGCUCCGCCUUUCCCUCCAUCUCCCGCCCCCAGUUUGACUACUCUGACCAUCAGCCCUCAGGACCCUAUUAUGGCCAUUCAGGCCAGGCCUCUGGCCUCUAUUCGGCCUUCUCCUACAUGGGGCCCUCGCAGCGGCCCCUCUACACGGCCAUCUCUGACCCCAGCCCCUCAGGGCCCCAGUCCCACAGCCCCACACACUGGGAGCAGCCGGUAUAUACGACGCUGUCCCGGCCUUAGAGCGAGCCCCGUCAUCACCACCCUGCCCGGCCCCUCUGGGUAGCAAGCCCCUUCCCCCAGCCCUCGUGCCCUGUUCCUCACCCAUC